AUGGCAAGGAGACGUAGGGCUGACUCGAGCAGCACGCAGCCCACUUCGAACCCUAUGACAACUUCCCGUCGGCGAUCGACUCUACGAGAUCUGCAGAGCUCUUCGAACGAUGGAGAUGUGAUCGUGCCAAAGGUCAUCAAUGCUGCGCCGUCAUUGGAAAAAGCACAAAUGUUUGGUAUAGAAGAUCCACGGCCCGCGUCCUCGAGGAUGCUGGCCAUGGCCGGACGUAUUUUCGUCGAGACGAUUCCACAAUGGCUGGCGGUCGGAGGUAUGCUGGCGUUGAUUUUUGGCGGAUGUUGCUCAAAUGUCUUUGCGCUGGAAGCUAUUGUCAAGGUCGAGCCAGACAGUGGAACACUCUUGACUUUUGUCCAAUUCCUCUUUGUGGCUGUCACCGGUUAUAUUUCUCAAUUCGACAAGAAACGUCCUCCUCUAUUCCUAAAGCCGAACCGAGUACCAAUACGAAGAUGGAUGAUCAAUAUUCUUCUUUUCUUCACGAUCAAUGUUUUAAACAACCAUGCGUUUAGUUACAAUAUCUCAGUGCCUAUACAUAUCAUCUUAAGGUCCGGCGGAAGUAUCACAACUCUUGCGGCAGGAUAUCUGUGGGGGAAGAGAUUCUCAAGGAUACAAGUUCUGGCAGUCACUCUGCUCACCAUUGGAGUUAAGGGUGUUGAAACCGCCCAAGGGCUACCUCCGUUCAGCACAGGACUUGCUAUCCUCUUUGUAGCCCAGGUACUUUCAGCUAUCAUGGGAUUAUAUACCGAAGAAACAUACAAAGAAUACGGUCCACAUUGGAAGGAGAAUUUGUUCUAUUCGCAUCUGCUAGCGCUCCCACUCUUUGCGCCCUUCUUACCGGCAAUGCGUAGGCAGUUUUUCAAACUCGCGGCUUCAGAACCAUUAGGCCUGCCCUGGCAAGAUUCGUACACUAGUCUACCAGCUGAACUUCAAACUGGUCUAAGCAAGAUUCACAUUCCUAGCCAACUUGCCUAUAUGGUCACCAACGUCUUGACGCAGUACGCAUGCAUUCGCGGUGUCAACCUAUUAGCUUCAGCAGCCUCAGCACUUACUGUAACCAUUGUUUUGAAUGUACGAAAGCUUGUAAGCUUACUCCUCAGUAUAUGGCUAUUCGGAAAUAGAUUAUCCCCCGGAACUCUUCUUGGAGCAAUCAUUGUAUUUGGGGCUGGAGGCAUGUACGGACUUGAAGGAGGUUCAAAGAGCUCUGGUAGGAAUAGACAUAGGGCCAGCGUAAGCACGAAUGGAAAAGUAGGAUAG